UCCACUCCUCAUCCCCUCUCCUCUCUCCGUCUCUCUGUCUGUGUGUGGAAGCACAUUGUCUUACGCGGGCUCGUUUUACCCACAGCCAAUGAAUGCUUUGGUGCAUUUCACCGACUGAAAAUUAAACACUGUGGGAGAAGAAGAAGCUGCAGAUAUCUAUCACAAAGACGGUGGGAACCAGACCAGGGACAUUUUGUUUCGUUUCGUUCACAGCUGAGAGGCAACUGAGUUAAAAGAUUUUUUCUCCUCUUCUUCUUCUUCUUCUUCUUCUUCAUACCCAGUGGAAGAAACGUUGCUCUUCUCGCUAAUUAGACCCCUGCUUGUUCGGCGGUGUGUGUGGUGAGCAGCAGCAGCGGCGGCGGCGGCAAAGAUGACGGAGUAUAAGCUGGUGGUGGUGGGAGCUGGAGGCGUGGGCAAGAGUGCACUCACCAUCCAGCUCAUCCAGAACCACUUUGUGGAUGAAUAUGACCCCACCAUAGAGGACUCGUACAGAAAACAGGUGGUGAUUGACGGGGAGACGUGCCUGCUGGACAUCCUGGACACUGCAGGUCAGGAGGAGUACAGCGCUAUGAGGGACCAGUACAUGAGGACAGGGGAGGGUUUCCUCUGUGUCUUUGCCAUCAACAACACCAAAUCAUUUGAGGACAUUCACCAGUACAGAGAACAGAUAAAACGUGUGAAGGACUCAGACGAUGUUCCCAUGGUGCUUGUGGGAAACAAGUGUGACCUCCCAGCACGUACGGUGGACACGAGGCAAGCCCAGGAACUCGCCCGCUCCUACGGCAUCCCGUACAUCGAGACGUCUGCCAAGACACGACAGGGAGUGGAGGAUGCCUUCUACACACUGGUUAGGGAGAUUAGACAGCAUAAACUGAGGAAGCUGAACCCACCUGAUGAGAGCGGUCAGGACUGUAUGAGCUGUCGCUGUGUGGUAUCGUGAUCCAGCUGACGGUUGCACGUUGAAGAUAAAUGCUACAGCGCAUAACGGCAGCAUGGACUUGAAAGAUAGAAAGAUUUAAACAACACAAUGAUGAAAUAUAAACUUUUUCAAUAAGAGGAUGAUUGAAGCAAACGCACUCAAAGAAACCGUCAGAGCUGACUGAACCAUAGACGUUUCAUGAAAUGGAAGAUUUUUUGGAUCGUUGCCUAAGUGGCUAAACUAAAUUAGCCUGGUCUGGUCCCUUCUUUUGGUCCACACGUCGACCUGUGAGCAACACCACUAAAGACUCUGUCAACUCCAGUGUGGUUAGCUCCACAAGUUUUCUGCUAACUUAUUUUUCUCAGUCUCAACACUGGUCUUAAUGGGGGGGUGUCACCAGUCACCCUCCCACAUUGAAAGCCCAAUUCCACUCCCCUCACCUGACCACUGAAAGGACUGACUGGCUUAAAUGGAAAGGACUGGAAUGGACAAUUAUUUACCCCCAACACCUCAUACAUAAAUAUACAUCUCCAUCUGACUCCGCCUCCGGUUUCCCUCGAUUGGCUCCAUUAUACUGAAUUCAAAGGGUGGAGGCUAACACGGGAUUGACUAUUUUUGUUGUUGUUGCUUAACAGUUAGCCUACCUUUAGCAAAAAAAAAUAUUUUUUUUGAUAUUCAACUUUUUUGUGAUUGGAGGAUUUUGGAAAUCACUGAGCACUAUGUGAGCGAGGUGUGUAUUUCCGCUGGCACCUGGCUUUACAUUUAUUCUUGACCUGCCUGACGUACUUAAAAUUCCUUUUCAGCGUUGAUGUCUUGAAUGGAGAAUAUCAAAGAUGGAUGAAUUUCAAGGAUUUAGCUGCCUUCUCUUCUUACAUUUGUUUCUUUGCGAAGAGUUGUUAUUGUGGAAUAAUAAUAAUAGUAAUGGCUACUGUAAGUAGUUUCUGGUGCAAUAGGAUUCUUACCUGCCCAAUUUACACAAAGUAUUUAAAACAAACAAUCUCUCAUGAUGACUUAUUUUCCUGUUCUACUGUGGUUUGGAGUUACAGGGCAUGAAAAUGUAGUUGCCAUCUUUAUAUUUGCUAAAGCUGGAAAAGUGACUCGGUUACCUCAAGAGGAGAAAGGAAAGCCUAAUACUUGUACAGCUCACAUCAGUUGUGUUUUUUUCUCUCGAUUUCAUUUCAGUCAUUGCGGAGUGUGUAAAAACUCUUAUUUACUGGAUGGUGAUCACUUUUAGAUUGCAAGGCUCGCUCCUUGUGGUUGAUAAGGCUCAGGAACGGGGGGGGGCCAGGCGUUUUCUUCAGUUCUGGAACGGUCCUGGAAAAUUAGGAUUAGGGAUGUCACCUUUGUAGAGCGUAACACACAAGUCCUGCCUCAGAGUCGAACCUCAGUUUUCCCACACGCCGUGCUAUCCUCAAACUACUCUUUCUCUGCCACCUCAGCUCUUCAAAGGAACAGGUCAGAUGCUAAUCAUGUCAGAACCAUGUAUACUCUAAAUGUGGGACUGUUGUGUGUAAUGGAUAUUGGGUUAUUGGAGUGCAUUGCUUUGUUUCUUAACACUGACUAGCUUGUGCUCUCCACGACUGCAUUAAUUUGCUGCCUAAAUGGGAAAAAAAGAAAAGAAAAGACUGCUCUGUGUUUACUUGGCCUUAUGUUAACUAGUUUGUACCUCAUGUUAGCAGCAAGCUCCACCUGAGACUGUUGUGUUCUAUUUGCUGCAUUGUUUUGUUCAUGUUUGAUUGUGUGCAACUAAAAAAAAAAUUAUAGAAGUAUGUUGGGUUUAGAUAUGUGCUGUACAGGAUGUGAACAACAGGACAAGCCCCUAAAAACACUACACUGAUUUUAUUUCCUUAAAAAAGGGGGAGGGGAGGGUCUUAAAAGGCAUGUGAAUGUGAUUUUGUGUAACAAGACUGAAAAACAAAACAAUUUAAAGAGAAUUCUAUCAACAAUGUGUCUUGCUGUUACGGUCAUAUAAGGUUUCAUUCCCAUUACAGUUGGUGAUUGGUAGACAUUGUUACUUAUAAUUCAGAUUAUACUCGAGCAGUUAAUGUUGAUGACGUGUGAACCUGCAGGCAUUAGAAUCUGAAUAUCAAGAUAUAUCAGACCUCCCCCAUGAAAGACAUCAAAUGUUAUUUUUUAAUCUAUGUGGAUUUUGUACAGUUAAUGGUUUACAAAUUUGAUUGGUCUAGUUACUGUGUGGAUGAUAGUGGUCAAGUUAUUUCUUUUCUUUUUUUUUAUCAGUCACAACUGUUCAUUCUUCUGCUUGUAGGACAGUGAAUGUGUUCCAAAAUCGUUAGUUAUUAUUUGAAAGAAGCCUCGUGUUUAUAAAAAAAAUUUGAAAGUGCUGAAAUAAUGCAGGUUCCAUUCUGGGCUGUGUUGUUCCUAAUGUUUUAUUUUUCACUCAUUGUACUCACAUUUUUAAAUGGAAAACGGAGUUUGUAGCUUGUAAUUAAAGUCCUGGUAGUAUGCUUGUCCUCUCCCGAGAUUUCAUUCAUAAACAUAGAAUUCCCAAAAAUCUAUGCAUUCAAAUUCCCAUUGCAUUAGAAUAUCACUGUCAUGUUUCCACAGGGAUAAACCCAGCCAGCAAACCACAAGUACACUGUACAUGUCAGAAAACCUGGCGAGCAUGACAUAGACUGUAUGGACCAUUGGGAGUUUUGCACAAGGAUACAGUGCUCAAGGGCUUGUUUCUCCCCUUGCAAACUGUGGAAUGAAAGUGUGGAAGGAAUUUGUGAAAAAUGUCAACUGUUUAGCUAUUUAAGAUGUAUUUACUCUUUGAAAAUGUGGCAAUGUAUUGCAGGACAGGAAUAAAGAUGUCAAGAUGAAA